AGAGGCUGUGAUAAAGCACUCACUGGUACAUAAAGUAUUCUUGGACUUUUUCACUUAUGCUAUUCCGAAACAAAGAUCUGAAAUGAUAGAAGCUAUCAGAGAGGCUGUCAUUUACCUGGCACACACUCACGAUGGUGCCCGAGUAGCGAUGCACUGCUUAUGGCAUGGUACUCCCAAGGACAGAAAAGUCAUUGUGAAAACUAUGAAGACAUAUAUUGAAAAAAUAACAAUGGGUGAAUUUUCUCAUCUGGUCUUGCUGGCAGCAUUUGACUGUAUUGAUGACACUAAACUUGUGAAACAGUUAAUUAUAUCUGAAAUAAAAGCUUCUUUGCCCAAUAUAAUAAACAACAAAUAUGGAAAGAAGGUCUUGUUAUACUUGCUAAGCCCUAGAGACCCUGCACAUUUUGUUCCAGAAAUCAUCACACUUCUGCAACAGGGAGAUGGAAAUGCCUAUAGUAAGAAGAAUACUGAACUCCGCCGCCGUGAACUCCUAGAAGCCAUUUCCUCACCUUUGCUAGAAUAUUUGCAAGAACAUACUCAAGAAGUCGUGACAGACAAAGCUACCUUUGUCUUGGUUGCUGACAUCUUAAGAACAGCCCUUGGUGACAUCCAGCCUGCACUAGAUGCAAUUGCUAGUUUGGCAGCAGAAGAGCUGAUUCCAGGUGGCCGUGAUGGGCAGCUUCACAUUGCAGAGCAUCCAGCUGGCCAUCUAGUUUUGAAAUGGUUAAUAGGCCAAGAUGAAAAAAUGAGAGAGAGUGGAAAAGAAGUUUGUUUUGGAAGAACCUUGGUGGAAUGUGUUGGUAUUGAGAAUAUGAAGACCUGGGCAGAAGUAAACCGAGGUGCCAUUGUUCUUUGUUGCCUUCUCCGGAGCACCGAUGAAAAAGUGUCAAAUACAGUCAAAAAAGGACUGAAAAAGCUUGUCCCAAAGUUGAAGCUGACUAAAAAUGUAAAAGGAAUAGAAGCAUUACUGGAGAAAUUGACUUCCUAGUGUAAAUGAAGCUCAAAAGACAAUUUACAUCAAUGCAACCAGCUGAGUAUGGUUGGUAAGAUUUUGCACCAUGGUUGUUUUAAGAAGCAGUCUAUGCAUUUGUAAAUUAAAUCAUUUCUAAAACAA